CGAACACCAGAGGUCAUCCCCACCAUACAAUGGCUACCGUUAACUGAAGCUGCGUGCCAACUGUUCUCUGGCGCCCUUUCAUGGCGACGUUUCUCUCUUUUACUUCCACCACACCUAACUUCAGUACUUCACCGAAUUUGCGUCGAAAUGAUUGCCGGAGAGUUCACCACGAAAUCCGAUGCUGUGCGAAGAAUUCUUCAACCGAGGAUUCGUCGCCUGAAUCCGUACCGGAAAACGUGGUGCUGAGAAUAGCCUGGUACGCCUCGGAAUUCCUCGGCAUAGCUGCUUCAUUGAUCCGUCCUCCACCGGAGAGGAUCUCCUCCGGAGGCGCGGCGCUGUCUGUGGAUGAGUCAGGGAAAUUAGAUCGAGCGGCGGUGGUGGAGAGCAUUAAGCAGGAUUUCGAGAGAUCCUAUUUCGUCACGGGGAAUGUGUGUGUAUCAGCAUACGAAGAGGAUUGCGAAUUUGCAGAUCCAGCGGGGAGUUUCAGAGGGUUGAAGCGUUUCAAAAGGAACUGUAGCAACUUCGGGAAUCUGCUUGAGAGAUCAGAGAUGAAGCUGAUGAAAUGGGAAGAGUAUGAGGAUAAAGGAGUGGGGCACUGGCGUUUCAGCUGCAUCAUGGCAUUUCCAUGGAAGCCCAUUCUAUCAGCCACAGGUUACACAGAGUACUAUUGGGAUCAAAAUUCUGGGAGAGUAUGCAGGCAUGUGGAGCACUGGAAUGUUCCCAAAAUGGCUCUUUUUAAGCAGAUGUUAAGACCCAGCAGCAGCAGCAGAAGAAAGACACAAAUGAAAUGAUAUCAUCAUCAUCACCAAAAGAGAGAUUUUUAUUUGAGUCGAAAUCGGAGCUGCUGCUGGAAGCUGUGGCCUGUAGUCGUCGUUCCUCGUUGCACCACUGCAGUAAAAAAACUUGCAAGAAAUCGACUUUGAUCUCUUGUUUCAUUAUUGUUGUUGCUGUUGUUGUUUUGAAUCGAAAUGAAAUGAUGAUUUAUUUUUGUAUAUUUAUAUUUUAAUUUGGUAUUUGAUAUUUAUAAUAAAUUAUAUAUUUAUUGA